AUGAGCCCCUUGGAGCCGCAGCCCAGAAGAGGACAAAGAUUCCGAGGUGGUAUGAGAACCCCCGGACGGGAUUCUCGCUGCAUUCCUCACGCAUCCAGGGACGAGCGCAACAUGACAAUCGUCCCUUCUCUCCGUCGUAUAGCUCUCGUCACCGGUGCCUCGCGGGGAAUUGGGCGCAGUAUCGCUCUGCGGUUGGCAGAUGACGGCCUCGACAUUGCUGUCAACGACCGUCCCUCGGAGCAGCCCCAGCUGCAUGGUGUCGUCUCGGAGAUCGAAGCCAAAGGCCGACGGGCCGUUGCUGUUUGCGCAGACGUAGCAGAGGAAAGCGAAGUCAAGGACAUGCUCGCGCGAACCGCAGAGUACAUGGGCGGAAUUGAUGUGAUGGUCGCAAAUGCGGGAAUCGCAUUUCCGAGGUCUCUACUUGAACUUUCAGUGCAGGAGUGGGACCAGAUCAUGUCUGUCAACUUACGAGGAGUGAUGUUAUCGUACAAGUAUGCCGCACUGCAGAUGAUCAAACAAGGAAGAGGAGGAAGAAUUAAAGUGCAUCGUCUUUGGCAGGGAAGCGAGGAUUCCCAAAUUUCUCGGCGUAUUCUGCCACAAAAUUUGGGGUCAGAGGGCUCACGCAGAGUGCAGCGUUAGAGUUAGCCCCGCACAACAUUACCGUCAACGCAUACGCACCAGGGCUUAUCAACACUGUUAUGGUCACGUCUUUCGACAAUGAGGACGAACCAGGGUCAAAAUAGAAAGAGAUAAUAAACGCACUAAAUCUGCGUAUGGGCGACCCUGGCUCUGUUGCGAGUCUAGUUUCGUAUCUGGCAAAGCCGGAGUCGUCCUGGAUAACCGGGCAAACAAUUUCCGUUGACGGAGGCACCGCUUAGUGGCAUGCUCUGUGCAGAUCUUCCGGCAGGCGACUGAUAACGUGCAAUAUAAAUGUGUUUCUCGAAUUGGGA